AACCCAUUACACUGUCUAGUCUAGUAAGUAACCUCUCUCUCUCUCUAACCCAUUACACUGUCUUGUAACCUCUCCGUUCUUUUAUCUUUCAGAGUCUGACUGCGGCUCGGCAGCCUUUCCUUCCCCAGGCUUCUGUGAGCGUAGCGUAGCGUAGCAGAGCAGUCUCCUCUCCUACUCUGUCUCUCCGUCUGUUUUAAAACUUGCAUUUGCUUGGCAGUGUAGAGCACUCGGUCAUUCAACUGUCUUGGGAGAGUGAAGAAACAACUUGGCCUUGCACCGUACAGACAGCCUGCCUGCGAACCUCCGACUAGCCUGACUUUCUCCUGAGCCUCUAUGGAGCGCCGGAUUCUCUUCUCUCUAUCGCUCCUGGUCUACCUGUAUUUGGAGGUGUCUGGAGCUAAAGCUGGGGCCCAGGACCAGAGAGCGCUGGCUGGCCAGGGGAGGAAGAGGAGAGGACCAGGGGAACCAGGGGGCCCGGAGUUGAACCAGCCCCAGCGAGGAGAGCUAGAAUGGGGGAAGAGGAGGAAGGCAGGAGGGCCUGGGCAGGGGAGAGCCAGGGGGAACAGGGAUAAUCAGCGAUCUCAAACCCCCCUGGGUCUGACGAGGCUGGGGAGCCUUCCAGCCAACGCCAGAGGAGACGAUGGAGCGUCUAUUUUCAUUGAGUCAUACAAGAGUGUUGACGAGAGACAGACUAACUACAAUGUCAUCCCGGGUAAAAAAGGCCAGUGUGUGUACCAGGGCAUCACCAUGUUUGAGCAGGCCGUCUGGUCCCCCAAGCCGUGUGUUACCUGUCUGUGUAGCGGAGGGCAGGUGCUGUGUGACGAGGUCACAUGUCCUCCUCUACGAUGUCACUUCCCCUACACCCCGCCUGGCGAGUGCUGCCCUGUCUGCAUGGACACAGCUUCCCGUGGUGAUGACCUUGACUUCUCUGGCGAUUCCCCAGUAGCCAACGACCCUGACUCUGUGGCCCCUGACCUUGACCCAAUCCUUGACCCCGUGGUGACCCGCACCAAGGCCGAGAUCGAGCUCCUGAAUAGAGAGGAGGAGGAGGAGGAGGAGCGUCUCCUCAAGAAGGAAAAGAGGAGGAAGAAACAGAAGGAGGAGGCGGAGAGACAGCGGAGGAGGCAGGAGGAGAAGAGGCGGCGGCAGGAGGAGAGGCUGCGAAUGGAGAAGGAAGAGAGGAGGCAGGAGGAGGCAAGGAGACUAAAGGAGGAGGUGGCCAUGAAGGAGCGGGAGAGGAAGCUGGAGGAGGAGAGGAGAAGACAUGAGGAGGAACUGAAGGAGAAACUGAGGGAACUAGCAGAGCUGGAAGAGGAGGAGGAGGAAGAAGAAGAGGAGGAAGAGGAGAUGGAGUGGCUGCUGAGAGGAGACGUUUUCCAGAUGUUUCCAGACGAGCCGACCGAAGAGGACCUCCUUCCUCCUCCCCUGGCUAAGCCCACUGACAGAGAAGAGGAGGAUGGAAAAGGAGUGGUGGUACGUAGACCUGGGAUCACCCUCCCGCUAGGCUGUGAUAUUUCUGAUGUCACUGUGACGUGUGAGAACGCUAAACUGACCAACUUCCCUCCUCUCAACAUCCCUGAGCUCAAGUCCCUAAGUCUGGAGGGUAACUCCAUCACAACUAUCCCAGUGGGGGCGUUCAACGGCAUCCCCAACCUGGAGUCGAUCAACCUGGGAAAGAACAAGUUGACAACUGCUGGCAUCGCCCCACACACCUUCAAAGGCCUGAAGUACCUGAGCCGUCUUUACCUGGACAACAACCUCCUAGAGAAGGUCCUACCAGACUUCCCAUCAACACUACAGGAGCUGAAGAUCAACGAGAAUCACCUCAAAGGGAUCGAAGAGAACAGCUUCCAAGGUCUGAGCGACCUGUUGACCUUGGAGUUGGAGGGGAAUCUCCUGAGUGAAGGGAACGUGGAUCCUCUAGCUUUCAGACCCCUCUCCCAGCUCUCCUACCUCCGUCUGGGCAGAAACCACUUCAGGACCAUCCCCCAGGGCUUGCCCCCAUCUCUACUGGAGGUUUAUCUUGAGAACAACCUAAUAGAAGAGAUAUCUGACUCUGUCUUCAACCAAACCACUAACCUGAACGUGAUCUCACUGAGACACAACAGACUGGAUGAGUCCAGGAUUGCACCUCUAGCAUGGAUCAAUCACAAGAACCUGGAGUCCAUUGACCUGUCCUACAACCGUCUGUACCUAGUCCCAUCCUACCUGCCCAGAGCUCUGGUUCACCUGGUCUUGGUAGGGAACCAGAUCGAGAGGAUCCCAGGGUUUGUGUUUGCCCACAUGGAGCCGGGGAUAGAGUACCUGUACCUGUCCUACAACAAGCUGGAUGGGGAUGGAGUGGAGCCACAGUCCUUCUUGGGUACCUAUACCUCCAUGACAGAGCUGUGUUUAGACCACAACCAGCUGAUAACGGUUCCCCCUGGUAUCAACCAGAUGAGCACUCUGCACUUCCUCCGCCUCAAUAACAACAAAAUUAGGACGUUUGCAGACGACGCCAUCUGUGACCCCCAGAACGACGAGGACGCUAACAUAUUGACGCUGCGUCUGGAGAACAACUACAUCAACCCCAGGAUGCUCUCGUCCGACGCCUUCUCCUGCGUACGCUCUUAUUCCAGCAUCGUCUUGAAACCUCAGCGGACCAAGUAACAUUAAUGACGCUGUUAUUUUACUAAAAGUCCAGGGAUUUUUUUUUUUAAAACUAAAAUCACCAGUUGUGUUGAAACCUCAGUGGAUAAAGUCACAUGCCUCUAACAUUGUGGCUGAAUUCCAAACAGACCCCUUAGCCACUUCUCUUCAGGCACUCCUGUAGAUCUGAAAGGUGGAAACAAUAUGGCUACAUUUCCACACAGCCAAUCAGAAGGCAAGAUCAAGUAAUUACCAUAUUGGUUCAAUCCAAUCACAAACAUUUGACAUUUUAGUCAUUUAGCAGACACUCUUAUCCAGAGCGACUUACAGCAGUGAGUGCAUACAUUUUUCAUACUGGUCCCCCAUGGGAAUCGAACCCACAACCCUGGCAUUGCAAGUGCCAUGCUCUACCAAGCGAGCCACACGGGACUAGAAACGAAGGGUCUCAAAGGAAGAAGAAGAAGAAGAAUAAAUGACGAUGAUCCUGUCAGAUCAACAGGAAGUCCACGUGGAAUUCAGCCUCUGUAUUCUGUCUGUUAUUCUUGUAAAAAUUCAAAACCAAAGAAAAUGUCACUGGCCGUUUCCCGAAAUCUGUCAAGUACGGGUUGUUGCAGUAUAUCCAGAAAAUGUCCCUAAAUCACCAUCACCAGCCUCCGACUGUGUCUCAAUAUUACUGAGUGAUGCUUACAACCUGCUACACAUGUUAAUAUACUGUAAAGUAAAAGGUCUGCUACGAAAUGUAAACGCACUGUAUUUACCAUCCAUUUCUUUCUGUUUUAUUCAUCUUUAUUAAACUGUUUUUUUUUUACCAUG